ACAAUUCCCACCAUGCACUUUGUUUUUAAAGAGGUAUUUUACAUUGUCACAUCCCACUGUUGCUUGUUCAGAAGGAAUUUCAUUCCACGUGCGGUUGUUGCAGAAAAAUACAAGCAUCGGAGAGACAAUAGAGAGAUUGAUGAAAGGGUUGACUGCUGGGUGACACUACAUCCACUUUGAGGAUAAACUGACAAGCAGUCAUCUGUGUCCUAAAUGUCACAAGAGCCACAACAAACUUUCAACCUUCAGACUUACCCCUCAACCCAAACUCUGAAUACCCGCAACUCAGCUCUUUAGUGUUGAAGUCUGCAUCGAACAGAGUAGGGUGAAUUUGAGGGUGUUUUAUAUCGUGUUUUUGGGACUGUGCCAGCCGGGUUGUGUCCCAUGGCGAUAAACAGUGAGGCGGGGGACUGGGCCGAGGCUGGGAGUGAAGAUGCUGGUGAGAGGGCGUGGCUACUGCAGAGCCCCAGUGUGGAGUCCGUUCGCCCCCCUUUGUCAGACAGGGAGAGGAGUGGAGGGGUGUCUGCCACAGCCGCUGUCUUCAUUGUGGUGAAUGCUGCGCUGGGGGCAGGACUACUCAACUUCCCCGCCGCCUUCAACAUGGCCGGAGGCGUGGUUGCAGGGGUGGUGCUACAGAUGUCCAUGCUGAGUUUCAUCAUCAGUGGUCUGGUGAUCCUGGCAUACUGCUCCCAGGUCAGUAAUGAGAGCACCUACCAGGAGGUGGUGCGGGCCUCGUGUGGGAAAGUCACCGGGGUAAUCUGUGAGGUGGCCAUCGCUGUCUACACCUUCGGCACCUGCAUCGCCUUCUUUAUCGUCAUUGGAGACCAGCUGGAACGCUUGAUAGCUGCAAUAGCUCAUUUGCCAGACGGUGUGGUCGGUGGUCACUGGUACAUUGACCGUAAGUUCACCAUUUGUGUGACUGCCGUCCUGGUCAUUCUGCCUCUCUCCAUCCCCAAAGAGAUUGGCUUCCAGAAAUACGCCAGUGCGCUGAGUGUUGUUGGCACCUGGUAUGUCACCAUUGUGAUAAUACUGAAAUACAUCUGGCCUGAUAAAGAGAUGACCCCUGGCUACAUUCCAACCAGCCCGUCCUCCUGGAGUGCAGUGUUGAACGCCAUGCCCACCAUAUGCUUUAGCUUCCAGUGUCAUGUGAGCAGUGUGCCAGUGUUUAACAGCAUGAGAAGGAGUGAACUCAAGCCCUGGGGAGGUGUGGUCACCGUCGGCAUGAUCAUCUGCCUCUUUGUCUACACUGGCACAGGUGUCUGUGGCUUUCUGUCAUUUGGGUCUAACGUCAGUCAGGAUGUGCUGAUGUCAUAUCCUCCUAAUGACAUCGCCGUGGCGAUCGCAAGGGCCUUCGUCGUCAUCUGUGUUAUCACCUCCUAUCCCAUUCUACACUUCUGUGGCCGGGCGGUGCUGGAGGGGCUAUGGCUCCGUUUCCACGGCGAUCAGGUGGAAUUGUGUGUGAGGCGUGAGCGGAGACGCAGAGUGUUGCAGACGCUUGUGUGGUUCGCGGUCACACUCGUCCUCGCACUCUUCAUCCCCGACAUUGGCCGAGUCAUCUCCCUCAUCGGAGGACUGGCAGCCUGCUUCAUCUUUGUCUUCCCAGGUCUGUGUCUGAUUCAGGCAAAGCUCUCAGAAACAGAGGUUCGAUCUGCUAGCUGGCAUGGGAUGGUGGUCUACGGUGUCAUUAUGGUAACCAUCGGCACUUUCAUCUUUGGCCAGACCACCACCAAUGCCAUCUAUCAAGACGCCAUCCACUAUUCGGACAGCCAAUAGAAUUCUGACCAGGAAGAUUCUUUGCUGGAGGAGGAUGCAGGUCUAUGCUGCUAUUCUGAACUUUAUUGACUUGUAUCAGGAUGUCGAGGAUCCAACACAUACAUGCAAACACACUCCCUCGUGUGACCUCUCCUGCACAUCUCGUUGUCUCCCUGAUGAUGAAACCGCUCCAUAGCAAGGACUCGUGUCACCUAUGGAGCGAUGCUCUAGGAUUGGAUGAGAGUCCUGAGAGCAACCUCUGACAAGGGACCUACCUUUUC